AUGCUAGCACUCGCACAUCAGGGUCAACAAGAGAAGGGUGAGCGACAAUGGGGCCAGCACUACCUUAAAAGAGCAGAUCUGCAUCCUGAUCUACGCUAUGGCACGGCAUGGGAGGCGAUUUAUGGCGCUGGAAACGAUAGAGUUGUUAUUACAACGACUGGAUUCGACUUUAGCUGCUUCCACUACUUGUUAUCGUGUUUCGAGCCCAGAAAGAGUGGAAAAAUGCUGCUCUGGGAUCACUAUACUGCUGUUGACAGAUUGAUUCUUGAAGAUGGUGCUCCACUCCCAUACCAAGAAACGACGUCGACGCUUCUGGUGAAUCCAGACCGGAUCAUAUUCGCCGUGACGCCGUCGGUGUGCUCGCGGUAUUUGGCGUUUUCGGUGCAAAUGCUUUUGGAGGUGUUCAAGAGCAUCCCGGAAGCUACGCCUGGGACUGACGAUGACGAUGUUUUUGCAGACUACGCUGGCAUGAUUUCGUUGCGUCACCCCUUGCUGACAAAGGGUUUUUGCUUCGUUGACGGCGUGAACAUUCCUGUAGCAGAGUCUGAAUUUGAUGAUAUUCAGAACGCGUAUUAUAACGGCUGGGCCUGCAGUCACUACUGCUCGAACGUUCUGGCGUUUGCUACCGAUGGUAACAUUAUUCGGGCAACUAGCAUCUCCAGUCGGCUUCUUCACGUUCAGCAGGACGCUAAACUUUUUCUGCAGAGACGGAAGGUCUCGCUUUGCGCGAUCAAACUCAUUCGCGUAGUCCUCGUAGUGGUGCAACACAACCUCCCACUCGUUUGCUCCAGUUGGAAGAACUUCAUCGAUGAUCUCUAA